CUGGUGAAGAAAUCAGAAGCUGCUUUACUUGAAAUACCAGCUGCUGUGAAGGAUGGGAGGCAGCAAGAGAGAGGUAUAUAGUCCAGACCUGACGAUUCGUGGCACAUCAGCUCACAGUCUGUCUGCCCACCUCUGCUUCCUUCAGGCUCACAGGAGUUCCAGACUACAUCAAGCCACCAUGAGUUCACUCGGGGAAGGAAUCAUCCACUUUGCAGUGGACCUGUUCCAACAGAUCAGACAAUUAGAGAAGGAAAAUAUCUUCUAUUCCCCUUUGAGUAUCAUGUCUGCCUUAGCCAUGACUUCCUUGGGGGCCCGAGGAGACACCGCAUCAGAAAUCCAGAAGGUCCUGCACGCGAAUGCAAUCGCAGAGAACACAGAAGGAGGAGGAGCUGCAAAAGAUCCCGUUGAAAGGCCAGGAAAUAUUCAUCAUCAAUUUCAAAAGCUUCUGACUGAGUUUAAGAAACCCACUGAUGCCUAUGAGCUGAACGUAGCCAACAGGCUCUAUGGAGAAAAGACUGUUCUGUUUCUUCAGGCAUACAUGGAUAAUGUUGAGAAAUUUUACCUAGCCAGUGUGGAAUCUGCUGAUUUUGUCAAUGCUGCAGAAGAAAGUCGGAAGAUGAUUAAUUCCUGGGUGGAAAGCCAAACUAAUAAAAAAAUCAAGGAUCUCUUUCCCAGAGACUCUGUUGAUGGAUCGACUGUUCUGGUUCUGGUGAACGCAGUCUAUUUCAAAGGGAAGUGGCACAAGGAAUUUAAGAAAGAAAAUACUGGGGAGGAACAAUUUUCGCUGAACAAGGAUACAAGCAAACCUGUGCAGAUGAUGAAACAAACCGACCUUUUCAAUUUCACGUCACUGGAGGACAUGCAAGUCAAGAUCCUGGAAAUACCGUACAAAGGCCAAGAGCUAAGCAUGUUUCUGCUGCUGCCCAAUGACGUGGAUGGUCUGCAGCAGCUUGAAGAUCAGCUCACUGCUGAGAAGUUAAUAGAGUGGACGAGCCCACAGAAUAUGAAAGAGCGUGCAAUGGAGUUAUACCUACCUCGGUUCAAAGUGGAGGAGACCUAUGACCUCAAGCCCAUGCUGAGAGCCCUGGGGAUGGUGGACGCCUUCAAUAAGGAGAAAGCCGACUUCUCAGGCAUGAGCAGUGAACGAGAGCUGAUGGUGUCGGAAGUCUUCCACAAGUCCUUCGUGGAGGUGAAUGAGGAGGGUACAGAGGCUGCAGCUGAGACUGGAAUAGUAAUGGUUCGAAAACUAGCAAUAGAGGCAGACAAUUUCCACUGUGACCACCCUUUCCUGUUCCUCAUCAAGCACAACAAGACCAACAGCCUCCUCUUCUAUGGUAGAGUCUCUUCCCCUGAGAUGUGAUUAGCCAGCGGCUACACUCGGGGCACAUUCACAGAACUGUUCCUGAGCCUUGAUUGCUGGAAGUAACAGGUUGUCUUUGAUUCAUUUCCCUUUCCAAACUCAUAAUCAUCACUAAGCAUGUACACUAAACCUACUGUAUCUCCCCAUGGUAACUCCCAUGUGGACAAAAUGUUCAAGAUAUAAUAAAAGGAUAUUUCAACA